CGUAAUGGCGCACGUCGGCCGAGUGAUCCCCACGAACUCCGCAGGCGCGUGAGAUUUAUCCCCCACAUCUUUUUUUGUUAGGCCGUGUGUGGGAAGUUUGGGAGGCACAGAAGACACCACACCAGUGUACAGCACUCCCCGCGCGAAUAUUUAUACCAUCGCUGUUUUGGGCCCCAUUUUGACAUUUCGCCCAAAGUCAAAGAAAAAGCAUCUCUCCUUUCUUGUUUUCUCGCUUCUUCGAUACGAUUUCUUUUCGCAAAGGUCAAUCCGGUACCGAAUCUAUUCUUAUUCAUUCACACAAGUCCUUAGAACAUCAACAACGGCUGGAGGUUAAAUGGUUCGUGGAGUGUUUCACAAGAUUGUUAACCUGCAGCUCGACCCGCUGAUUUCUCCAUUUUAAUCCGGUGAGAAAAAUGAGUAUCUGUUUAAGGAUUACAGGGUUGGGGUCACACAAUGUCAUUUUCUCUUUGGUUUGCGAAAUGUGCCUAUUUUUUAUUUUUAUCUUCGCAUAACCCUAUCUUUGGAAUUCUAAAAUUGAACAUAUGCAUAUUGAUGAUAUAUAAGUGUGUGUGAAUUUUCACUAUAUGUUCGAUCCAAGUACGACAUGUUAUUUUAGUGUAAUGUUAUAUGUUAUUACUCACAUAUUAUAUGAGAUUUUGAUAUAAUUUAUAAAUGCAUCAACAAUAUAGUGCGGGCUAAACCGAACUAAAGCGAUCGGAUCAUUAACCCUCGACCAACUUGCUCGAUCAGACCAACGGGCUAAACCGGGCUGACAACCUUGGUGUUUAAACACCAUUGUAAGUAUUAAACACUUCAAUCCGUACAUUUGGUGCAGAUGAAUUUAUCAAAACCCCUCAUGUGGAUGGAUUUACACUUAAGUCCGUAAGUUCGUAAGUGUUUACAUUGAUCGUUAAACCACCAUCAUGAUGACACAUGGAUUUCUGUAAAAAAUUGGAAUAUUUUACACACGAAUUGUGAAAGAACACCAUAUUCACCCUCCCAAUCGCUUCUUCACUAACAAAACGAUCAUGCAACUCACACUUUCAAUGGUUGCUUUCAUGAAGCCGUGCGUAAUGCUUAUGAUUCUUUUUCGUUCAACCUACUCCAAAUAGAGAGGUGUGUUGAUUCUAGUUUUGCUCUAUAAUAUUUGUGAUUUUACAAUUUGAAUAUUCUCCGAACAGUGAUUCUCGUACCACUCAUCUUUGAACAGUGAACAAGGGGUCAAAGAAACACCAAUGGAGGGAGCAUAUUGGCUUGGUGAACACCAAGAAACGAUGCUCAUACCACUCAAAAUCACUCAUCAGAUUCACCAUCAAGAAAGUUCAGGAACCUAAACUUUCAAACAAUAUAAAACCGUGGACCUAAUUGACUUUUUCCUGUCUAUAUAAUUUUCUAUCUUUUGUCGGUAUAAAUAAAUCGAAUAAUAGCAUUUCAACCCCCUCCCUCUCUUCCAGAAGUCAGUGCUCCACCACCACCACCAUCUCUCAUUCUUUUGAUCCUUUCCUAACUCUCUCUCUCUCUCUCUCUUCUUUCCAUUUUUUUAUAUAUUUCUUUUUAUUGCUUUACUCUUUUCUUCCCCUUCUCUCCUGUCUCCUUCCCAAUCUCCAGAAAAAAGUCAGCGCCGCCUCUUUCUCCUCUCCUCUCCUCCGUCGAUGGCCGACGACUGGGAUCUCAACGCGAUCGUCAGGAGCUGCAGCUCCGCCGCGGCGGCGCAGCCCGACAACUCCGCCGCCUCCUGCUCAAACAGCAACAAUCUCCAUCGCGAGAAUAACCCGCUCUCCGGGUUGACUUUCGACGACGAACCCGACCCGUUCGCCUUCCCGGAUCUAACGGUGCAACCCGAAGACAAAAGCUACAGCUACAACAACUUCCCUGAUUUGCUUCAAGAUUCGUACAAGCCGUUCUUGUCCCCUCCCGCCGCCGCCGGUCAACGGAGCGUUCUCAUCCCUCCUCCUCCCAACAAUACUUCGAAUUCCAAUUUCGGAGCUCCGAGUCAACCGCGGACCACCGCAUCAACCGUGAGCCCGCGGGUAGUCAAUCCGAAGACCCACCAGCAGCAGCAGCAGCCACGCCAGCCGCAGGAUCUUGGCGGUCGUCAUCGAAAUCAACGGCAGCAGAGCACCAUUAUUACCCUGGGCCCUCCUUCUUCCGUUGUAGUCCAUCCCGCGUUGAGGACGGCGGCGACCUUGCCGUCGCAGCAGCCCGCAGGCAGGUCAAGGAAAAAAAAGAACAACCAGAAGCGGCUGGUUGUCCAGGUGACGGCGGAUAAUCUGUCGAACGAUGUUUGGGCCUGGCGGAAGUAUGGGCAAAAGCCCAUCAAGGGCUCCCCGUACCCAAGGAACUACUACAGAUGCAGCAGCUCAAAAGGUUGCGCGGCGAGGAAGCAAGUGGAGAAGAGCACGACGGAUCCGAACAUGUUCAUCGUCAGCUACGCCGGCGACCACACCCAUCCCAAGCCCACACACCGGAACUCGCUCGCCGGCAGCACGAGGACGAAGUUCCCGGCGGCGAAGGCGGGUGCGGCGGAGGGGAAGGAGUCCGAGGCGGCGGCACAGCCCGCACCGCCCCCGACCACCAAGGAGAAAGCCACGGCGGCGGCGGUGAGUCUUUCCCCGACCACUCCGCUCUCGGCGACGAUGGACCACGACAACAACAAAAACGCGGCGGUUGCGGAAAUGAUGCCGACGAACGCGGACAUCGAUGACGUGGACGGCCUGCCGGAAUUCGAGAGCGGUGAGGAUGAUGCGAACGUGGACGAUUUUGACAAUAUCUGCGACGAUGAUGACGACGACGAUGACGACAGCAUUUUGAUUCCGAAUAAUAACAGCAACGUGGAUGAGGAUAUCUUCAUGAAGGGCUGGAAAGAGCUCGGCGGUGGUGGUGGUGAUGGCGCGGCGUUUGGGGAUAACUUCUCUUCUUGGAUCUACGGUAGUACCUCUGCCGGCGGCGGCGGAUAGGUAAGUGAAUAUUAACUAUCAUGUAAUAAUUAUGUAUAUCUAUAAAUAUAUAUAUAUAUAUAUAUAUAAUUCUGUUGUUUUCUUUCUUUAAUUUGUAGGGUAGAAACGAGGAAGAACUUAUUAGAUGUAAUAUAAAAGCAUAAUUUUAUUUAUCUUCUUUUUUGCUGUUUGGUGGCCACAUUGGUAGAUUGAGAAGGAAGCAGAGAUUAGAAAGGGCGAGAGAGAAUCUUUACCCAUCCACCCAUAUAUAUUUUUUUUUGGGUCUUUUCAAAACUUUCCUUUUGGCGUUUGAUCUUUUGUUUUGGAGCAAUAUAUGUGAAUUAGGGUCCAGUCAUCAUUUUAGUAACUUUGAGGAGGAAUGUAGAAUGGAUGGUGCUCCGAUUAAAACGGGUGACGGGGAGUGACGUGGUGCCUUUCAUUUUACAGGAAAAAUCAGGGAGAGUGUUUACAUGGACUAAAACUUCCCAAUAGUAGGAAAAUUAGUGGUUACAUGGAUUCUUCAUAUAUAGAAAUUCUCUUGGUGGAUGUAGAAGCCGGGGCAGGUUGAUACUGCCGAAUUGCAUGUCUUUUUAUUUCGGUUAUUUGAGAAAAUGUCGACGAGUAUAUUCUCUAUCACAUAGUUGCACAAUCUGAAAUUACCUAGUUCGUAUUAACGUCGACACUUUUAUAUUGCAUGUUAUACAGAUUUAGAAUGUUGAAAUAUGUGAUGGAUAACCUUCAUCUAUCAAUCAAUACAAACUGAUACUAUUGAAUUGCAUGUUUCGUGAUGUCGAUCAUUGAAUAUACACAAUGUAAGGAAGUGGUUAAGUACCAUAUACAUGAUCAUCUCCCCAACAAUUAAAGUUAUUUGGACCAGUUGGUUUAUGACAUGGUAUCGGAGCUGGUUUCUCCUUGAGGUCACGUGUUGAAGUCCUCACUGCCUGAAAUAUUAACCGUUGCAUUUCAAGCACAUGGUAUGGCAGGCCUGAGCAAACUUCAAGCCUAUGAGUUAGCUUUCAUUUAAGAAGGCGUGUAAGUAAGUGAUUAAAUAACAUAUAUUAUCCUGUUCCAACAAUUCGAGUUAUUGUGGCUAGUUGAUUUAUGAAACACAAUGAGGUUAUUUAUAAAAAUGUCAACUGGGUAAUAUCCAACAACACAUGGUUGCAGACUCUAAAAGUACCAACUCUUUAGACGUUCUACACCAUUUUGCAUUUUCCAUGUUAAUAUACGGAUUUAGCAAAUGCUGAAAUGGCCAAAUGGAUGUUAAAAUGGAGCCAUUGAAUUUAAUCGAAAGAAAACAGAGAACAAAGUCAUUGAAGUUGAGGUGAGAAAGAGAAGAUUAGUAAAAGACCUUGCACUUACUAUCAAAUUAUGACAUUCAUUGUACAGAAAAAGGGCAAAAAGUAAAUGAUGGCACUCAAAAUCUCAAAUGAUGGUUAUCGCAAAAUCUUGAUAAGAUUGAUUUGAAUCCUAUAACCAUGUCAAAAAGAAAUUGAUGGGAAAUCUCUGUAAUGUAAACGAAACAAUGUGUUGUGGGAAAGAAUAAAGAUGGUUGAACACG